AUGGAUCCUGCAGACGACUAUUUGCCGGCCAUCGACGAUCUGAAACCAGAGACUUUCCACGAUGACAACGCUGGUGCCGCGGAUGGAUUGGACGAUUCAAUCGAGACGACGAAUCCUGGCAAGGCUGUAUGGCUGAUUGCGUGCACGGUGUCCAUGGGCGGGUUUCUCUUUGGGUACGACACGGGCGUAAUAUCCGCAGUCCUCGUCAGCCUUGGAACCGACCUCGGACAAGCUCUGUCCUCGAACGACCAGGAACUCAUCACCUCCAUAACUUCAGGGGGUGCAUUGAUCGGCGCCGUUCUGGCUGGCAUGACUUCAGACAAGUAUGGACGGAAACUAGCAAUCUAUGUGGGCUGUGCGGUCUUCUUCGUGGGAACCGCCUUGCAAGCCACGGCGUUCUCACUGGCCCAGAUGGUGGUUGGCCGAUUGGUGGUUGGUUUUGGGGUGGGUGAAGCGGCAAUGAUCGUUCCUUUGUAUAUUGGAGAGAUGGCGCCUGCUAGAUUCCGUGGUCGACUGAUUGUGUUUGAUAAUAUUUGUGUGACAUUUGGCCAGCUCAUUGCCUAUGCCCUCGGGGCCGCAUUCACUGACGUACAUCAAGGCUGGCGAUACACAAUUGCUAUCGGUGCUGUUCCUGCUAUUGCUCUGGCGGCGACAAUGCCCUUGUGCCCAGAAACGCCUCGCCAGUUGAUUUCCCAUGGCCGUGACGAUGAAGCCAAGAGAGUAAUCCGAAAGAUCUUUCCUCAAGCCACGGAACAACAAGUGAUCAACAAAAUCAGGGUGGUUCGACAUUCUAUUGAAGAGGUUGCUGCCUCCGUAUCAGACAAGAGCCUAUGGUGGCAGAUGAAACAGCUCUUCACUGUAGGCGCGAACCUGCGAGCCCUGGCCACAGCCUGCUCGAUCAUGGCUGUAUCACAACUAGGGGGAUUCAACACGCUGAUGUACUAUUCCGCCACACUAUUCUCCCUGGUUGGCUUCAACCAGGCCACGGCCGUCUCCAUUGUCGUUGGAGCGACGAACUUUGUGUUUGGAUUCCCAAACUUCGCCUUCAUUGACCGGUUUGGAAGACGGUCAAUGCUUCUGGUCACCGUGUUGGGAAUGUCCCUCUCCCUGGUUGUCGUUGCCAUCGCCUUCCAUUGGAUUCCUGUCAAUUCGGAUCUGAGCGUCACGGGCCCGCACGAGAUGACCUGGGCAAGUAUCCUUCUUCUCGUCGCACUGAUUGUCUACAUUGCAUUUUAUUCGGCUGGCGUCGCACCCAUUUCCUGGGUGGGCACUGAAUUUCUCCCCUUGGAAGUGCGUGCACUUGGCACAAUGCUGAAUACCGUGACCUGCUGGGGUUGUAAUAUCAUCAUCUCGUCGACAUUUCUGUCCAUGAUGAAGGCUAUGACCCCCAGCGGAGUGUUUGGGUUUUAUGCGGGUAUUUGCUUUCUCGGGUGGCUCUUCGUCAUUUUCUGCUAUGCGGAGGUACACAAUAUGCCUCUGGAGUCGGUGCGGGAAAUUUACACCCAUGGCUUCGGGACAGCCAUCCUGGCGCGGACGCUGGAUCCACCCCGGCUUCAAGCUUCGGCUGUAGGAAGUAGUCCUGACAGCUCAGCGCUUAAUUUGCAAAUAGGCAGUGGUCAUAGCGCUGUGGCAACCGAAGACCAGGAAGGUAUCCAACAUACACCAACAACAAUGGCCCAUUCACCGUUCACUAGAGAGCUUCAAGUGGCCUGUCUCGCUGUCCAGCGAGCCAGUAUAGUCACCAAGACUAUGCUGGCCGAGGCCGACAAGGGAUCUACCGACAAGGCAGACGCGUCUCCAGUGACCAUAGCCGAUUUUGCGUCACAAGCCAUUCUGAUUAGCGCAAUCCGCCACAACUUUCCCAGCGACAAAUUCGUCGGGGAGGAAUCAGCAUCAGCCCUGCGGAAUGAUCCCGCACUAGCCGACCGAGUGUGGCAGCUGGUAUCCACAACCCAAUUGCAUGAUACCGAGAGCGAAGAAAUCGUCGCAGCCCCGUCGUCGCUAGAAGAGAUGCUAAGCAUCAUUGACCUGGGUGGCAAUGGAGAAGGAGCCCGUCAUACGCGUACCUGGAUCAUGGAUCCCAUUGACGGGACAGCGUCGUUCAUUCAAGGCCGUCAGUAUGCUGUUUCCGUGGCGCUCAUCGAGAACGGCGAGCAGAAGGUCGGCGUGGUCGGAUAUCCCAACCUGCACUUCCACAGCACCGUAGUCCACGAAGACACGGUCGAUCGGAAUGGGUACGGAAUUAUGCUGUCGGCAGUCCGGGGCCAUGGAGCGUACAAGCGUCCGAUGAGUAAGGAGCGCCUGCAGCCCGCCGUGAAGGUGUACAACGUCCUGGCACGGACCGAUACCGGCCAGCCCGAUCUGGUAUUUGCAGAGAGCAUGGAGAGCCCCUACAUUGAUCAGCGGCUACACCAGGUUGUUCGCGAGAGACUGGGUGUUACCAAACCAGUUACUGAUCUCUGGUCCAUGCAAGCCAAGUAUGCGGCCCUCGUGGUGGGCGGGUGCAACGUGAUGGUCCGUAUCCCCCGAAGCACCGAGUAUCGUGCCUAUGCGUGGGAUCAUGCUGGCGGCAUGCUGGUGUUUGAAGAAUCGGGCGGCAUGAUCACCGAUCUGGAUGGUCAGCCCUUCAACUAUGGGCGAGGCCGGACGCUGGCAGAUAAUUUAGGUCUAGUUGCCGCAUUCCCAGAGAUUCACUCGAGGGUGCUAGAACUUGCGCGGAAAAUCAGGGAAAGGCAUCAAGAGGAGGGAAUGAAAGACAAAACGCAAUAUUGAGAGAGAAGAUGAAGGGGAGAAAGAGAAGAAUGGAAACAGAGGAGGGAAGGAUGGAGGGAGGGAGAGAAGGAUGAUGCGUGGAUUUGAGUCGCCGAGCCAGAUCAGGCCAUAAUGACAUUGCUUCCCUUCUUUCU